AUGGCUCCGGUGGGUCUUCCCCCGGGCUUCCGGUUCCACCCGACAGAUGAGGAGCUGGUGAACUACUACCUGAAGCGCAAGAUCCAUGGCCUCCACAUCGAGCUCGACAUCAUUCCGGAGGUCGAUCUCUACAAGUGCGAGCCAUGGGACCUCGCAGAGAAGUCGUUCCUGCCGAGCCGUGACCCGGAGUGGUACUUCUUCGGCCCGAGGGACCGCAAGUACCCCAACGGCUUCCGGACCAACCGGGCGACGCGGGCAGGGUACUGGAAGUCCACCGGCAAGGACCGCCGCGUCAUGAUGAACCACGGCGGCACCCCGCCGAGAGCGAUCGGGAUGAAGAAGACCCUGGUGUACUACCGGGGCCGGGCGCCGCAGGGGGUGCGCACCGACUGGGUCAUGCACGAGUACCGCUACGAUGACAAGGCCGACUCCGACGACACCAGCGCCAUCCAGGACACCUACGCCCUGUGCCGGGUCUUCAAGAAGAACACCAUCUGCACCGAGGUGGAGGAGCUGCAGGAGGGGCAGUGCAGCAUGGCGCUGCUGGAGGGCGCCUGCCAGCAGCUGCUCGCAGGCAGCGGCAGCCGCGGCAACAGCCAGGAGUACUACCAGACCCCGUCGCCGGACGUGCCGGUUGGGUCCACCUCUGGCACCGCUGAUGCUGACGACGACGCGGACAAGGACGACUCCUGGAUGCAGUUCAUCUCCGAUGAUGCCUGGUGCUCUGGCGCCGCUGCCGAGGAAGACAGCACCACCUGCGUGGCCCUCGCCACCUGA